AUGCUCUCCACAUGUCCGCCAUGCUGUCUCGGCCUCGACAUCGCGUUGCGUGAGCUUCCUAGCAAAAGCAGCGACAACCGUUGCAAACUCAUCGGGAGAACGCCGACGAUCUUCGGUCAUUUCCGACGGGUACUAUCGGCUACAGCGGGCGACGCUUCAGACAUACCUUCUUGCUCUCGGGCCCCUCUGUAUGUUUGCGCUAUCGAGAAGCGCAACCGGAUCUCGACUACUCUUCGCAAUUGUAGAACCUCAAGGCUAGGCUUCGCACACCGAGUCGUCCCAUCCUCAACGGCAUUGUCAAAGUGUCCCGCGCUUCACUCAACCGACUUCGACGACAUCUAA